CGAUGGGCUCGAUGGAGGCUGGCUAUCAGUAUGUUCCUCUGGUUCACGUUCUUGAUCGUCUUGAGUCUGAGGGCGGUCGCGGUCGCCGCUCGCAUCGGGCUCUUCUGCCUCUACGACCCCAUUAUCGGGCACCUCUGCUCGGUAUACGAGGCCAUAGGCACCGGGAGGGAAGUUGUAUGUUUCGCGAGCUUCUUCAUCCGCAGGUGCAUCGUCGACGGGCAGACCCUGUUGCUCCAACUGAUAUCGAACAAACGAGGCACGCUACGUUAGGUUAGCGCUGCACUGGCACGGUGAAUAUAAAAAGGAAGACCUACAAUGCCUAACGCAUAUCGUCCGCACAUUGAGAAGGUCUUCGAGGCGCGAGGGCCUUCCUGUGACCCUGAAUGUUGAAGACGCUCUUACGCGUUCGGACAACCCACACAGGAGAGCGCACGUUUACAGUUUGCAUAGUGUAGUAUGACGUUCGAGACCCUGACAAAAUCCGGGGGACUAACUUGUCCCUUGGCGAAGUUUCAGACACUCCAUCUGCGUGUGGCGUAAUGCGUCUGAGAGGAAUCGUAUAAUGUGUUUUUCUCGCCAUCUCAGACUUGAAUACUGAACACAACUAUUUCCCUAACCUCAACCAUGAAGUCGACGACAAGAAUCAUAGAGGCCGUUCCGAGGCUUGCGUCAGCUCAUAAAUCCUCAACCUCUCGAAACUGCGCAAAUGGCUUUCAAAGCAUGUGUCGAACUCGAGUGCAGACGGGCAAUACAACCUCCUGUGGGCCUCGAACGACGACAAGGACAGUGAAAACAUAUACAAGGCCUCCCAACCGAUUCGAACAGAUGGUUAUCGAUGCCCGAUUACAACACCCGAUUCUAUUUCCUACACUGCUGAUUGGCGCCAUCGGGUCGGUCUCGCUGCUGACCGUGAUGGCCUACAAUGAAUACAUGAAAGAAAAAGCAUCUGCCUAUCCGCCGGAGGUUGAAGAACAGUUAAGACUGGCAUUGCACUAUACCCACGUGAAACCUGACCCGGAGCUGUCGGCGCAGUACUUUGUGGAGGCUAUAAAAAGGGCAGACGAGGUUGGAAUGGAUCCCUACGGCAAGGAAGCACUGGGUAUCCGGAUACGCUUUGCGCAAAUGUUGGAGGAUUUUGGCCAUGCCAAGGGAGCCAUUGAGGUUCUUGACAGCAUCACGAAAGACCUGCAGCAAAAACUGGUCGAGGUGGAUGAGCAGUUCUCACUCACGGCAGACAAAAACUCCGAAGAGGGUCUUGCCAAAGCGGAGCAGCGCAAAGAGCUAGUCAAGGGCAUAAUACAGAACAAAGUCAAGGUAUCAUCGUUGUACGAAAGCGACUAUAUCCAGGACCGCGCGAGUGCAAAGCAGACUCUUUCCGAUGCAGUGGGACUUGUUGUGAAAGAGACCAAGGAUCCGCAGACCAACGGCUUCACCGAUGACAAUGGUGCAGGCCUGACGACAGGGGAAAUUGCCGCGAUGCUGUCCCAGAUGGGCGACCUGUACGCCACUACCGGCGAGGAAGCAAAUGCAAUUCAGGUGUACAUGCUGACCUUGCAACCUUUGAGAGCGUCAUGCAACGGCACAAGAUCAUGCAAGGAAGUACAGGUGAUGAGCAAUAUCGCGUCCACCAUGGGCGUAGCUCUGAAAAAGCCAGGAGCGAAGAUCAAUGGGAAACCGGCGACGAAAGACACGCUGGCUGCGGGACGAAGAGCAGCCUUGAAAUGGGCCGACCAAGCCGUCGCCACAGCCGACGUUGUCAAACCCCAGGAUCGCGACGAAAUUUGCGAUCUGGCCCUGCUGUCAGCACAGAUGACCCGUGGGGACUUGCUGCUGGAGAAUGGGGAGAAGAGCAAGGCACGUGAGGUAUUCCAAAGCUUACUGCCUAUCUUGAAAGAGAGAAAUAUCGUGCCUUUGAUCAAGGUCGCUGAGCAGGGGCUGCAAACAGCUAGUGCUUGAUGGCUGGAGAUGAUACACACCGUUUCUGCCGCGCUGUCAGCCAGAGCAGUGUCUUCGCUCCUCGCAUCUAGACAUCUCGAAGUCACUGGCAUCACAGCAUAUGGAUAAUGUUCAGCGAGAAUGACUAAAGACAUCAGACGUCAUAAUGUCAGUCAUUCAUAAUCCAAAAGGACCCGGCUCUCGAUCAGGGUUAUGGGAGUAUCGGCUCGGACUGCGUCAUUCAGGCUGUGCGCGCGAAUGGAGGUUGCGGUUACAAAAGGGCCAAUGAGCUCUACUGCAUCACUCGGGCAAGGGUGGAAGCGCAGCCUCAGCUGUUUAGCCAUUGGUACCACCUUAGGAGGUAUAUGCAUGGCUGAUUCAAGUGCUCGCCAACACCAGACGCCUACGUCGAGCACGGGAACAGAUCUGGGUGAUAGAGAGCUCAGCGACUUCGGCUCGCGUGGAAACACCUGACAGGAACAAUCGAAUCAAGCAGUUCCAGCCUCGCAAUGGUACCUGAAUGAUACUUUUUCGUGGCCGCGAAGUUGAAGGCAGACCGGCUGGACUCUCCCACUCAGGCUUAGGCGGGCGAGGCUGACUUGUCAUGCAAUUGGCCUGACUUUUGACUUCACUUCUCCACCCACCUUCAGACUGUUGAUGUUGCUGCGCCCAGUCCAGCGUCACAUCAUUAACUUGGUACCUUUUCGUUCUUCAGCUGAACAAAAAUCCCAAAGUCUCUUCGAUCAAGCCUUUUUCCCGCAAAAAGCCAUUUUGUCAAUUUGGCGGAACCUUAUCUGAUGACGCAACGUGUCUUGCAUGGAGUUGCCAAACUCGCUAAUCGCUAUGCCUCGAUCUAUUUCUGCUUGUCCCACGUUACAGCAGCUCUCGAGUCUCAGUAGCAUCACCUACAACACCUUCUAUACACACAAUGCAACACUUCAGCUUCGAACCUCAUCGUGUCUAUGACAGUCUAUUUUCGGCUCCUUCGCAUGAUGUAUAAGGAGGUAGGUUGUUCAUCGCUCAAUAUGCCAUACUCUUCAUUAUACAACCAGCAGCAAGCACAUUCCCAAUCUCCCAGUGCCUUCGUUACUUGAGCAGUCUCAUUUGUCCAAUUCUUUCAUUGCCCUUUUCAUUACCCAUCCUCGGGUUUUCUGUCACACUCGUUUGCAGGACUUCACUGUUCAUAGCCGCAAGCAUGCAUUCUUCCAUCUCUUUUCUCAUCGCAACUCUGGCGGUGGGCGUCUACGCUCUUCCGGUGUCGAAUACUACAACAACAAGUUCCAACUACUGCGGCUUUGGUACCAAUGCGGAUGGCUCUUGCGUCCUCUCUACCACCUCCUCCUCCUCCUCAGUUCCUACGUCAACCACGACUUUCUACUGUGGAUUCGGCACGGCUCUAGAUGGCAAAUGCAACGCUCCCCCAACCACCACCACGACUACGACCACCACUUCAGUUUCCAACUGGUGUGGCUUUGGCACCGCGCUCGAUGGGAAAUGCAACCCGCCGCCGUCCACAACAAGCACCACUGCAAGCACGACAACCUCCAGCUCGCACUACUGCGGAUUUGGCACUGCGCUUGAUGGAAAAUGCAGUACUCCUUCAUCCACCACGACUACAGCCUCCCAUUACUGCGGCUUUGGGACAGCUCUCGAUGGGAAAUGCAAUCCUUCGUCAACUUCCACCUCUACCACUACUAGCACCCCCGCCUCUCACUCCUGUGGCUUUGGCACUGCGCUGAACGGCAAAUGCAACCAGGCUCCUACAACGUCGACGACGGUGAUGCCAACCACAACGUCUGAAUCCCACUACUGUGGAUUCGGCACCGCUCUAGGUGGCAAGUGUAAUCCUGGGCCAACCACAUCUACCAGCUCGAGUGCGUCCACGACAAGCACCCCGGCUUCUCGUUAUUGCGGGCUUGGAACGGCCGCAGAUGGCAAGUGCAAUCCGCCGCCGCCACCGACGACCACAGUCUGCCCAACCCCGGUCACGGUCACCGUCACAGUCGUCCCUACCUGGACUCACGGGUUCUACUACCGCCCAGGCGAAUGUGCCAAUUGACAAACCAUCACCUACACGGACAACUGGGGAUGGCCGAUCACAAUGGCAGUUCCGGCCAAUCCAUGGGCGCCCAUCAGCACGACUACUUCUGCCCCAUCCCCAACACAGCAAUGGUAGCCCGUUUGGUGUGCAGACAUUGGUAUUAUUCCUGUUGCAUAGCGUCGUGUCGUUGGUUUUUAUCGAAAUGGUUUGCACUGCAUUUGAUUGAUAUAUUUUCAGUUGCAUAGCGGGAGGUCAUUGUCUUUCAUGAAAAAGUUAUCAGUUAUUAUAUACAUAGAUACAUCACAUUUCUCUCUACAUUGGCAA